AUAUAAACCAUACAUUAGAUGUGCUCAUGCAGUGUCUGCAUGCAUUUUAUAAUUAAGGGGGAGCGUUGCGUCUUCAUUCAAUUGACGCUGCUAUAUAUCUCCCGCCCCGGUCCCCCUAAUUUCCACUUCCACUCUUUUUCUUUUAGAACGCAGUACUAUGCCCUGGCUCGUUUGGUUCCUCAUCGCCUCCACGUGUUCCUCCCUCCAUCUCUGUCUCUUUCCCCACUAUUUAUACACCAUCUCUCUCACAGAAAUCUUCCUACGCCGAGCAUGGAGCAGAAUCGCAGCGACAGCGUCGCCUUCCAAGUAACCGACAGGCACGAGCAUAGGGUGGUCGACAUUGAACUCACCGCCGGCGACGCACAGAGACUCCUUCACGGCGGCGGCGGCGGCGUUGGCGGAGGGGCAGGAACCACCGCUGCUCAGACUCUGAGACAGUCGUUGUACGUCAACUCACUUUCCUCCCGCGAAAUGGACUCCCUCGCCGCCCUCUGCGACACCUUCUUGCCCUCUGUCCGCGUUCCCAGCGACGUCAAGGGCGACGACGCCGUCGCCACCUUUUAUCAAACUUCGGCCUCCAUGGCCGGAACUCCGCAACGCGUGGGAGGACUGUUGAGCGAGAGAGUGAAACAUCCGAAGAUGUACUUUAUAAGAGUGGCGCUGUGGAUGCUGUCGACGUGGAUAGGAACGUUCGUGCUGUGCGGACGAGCCAGCUUGUCCACCCAUUUCCCCUACUUGCAGGCGUUCUCUCAAGUAUCCCUGCGCCAGCGUGAGGUCAUACUCCUCUCCUGGUCCCUCAGCUACUUCUCUCUGCUCCGCAUGCUCUUUAAGGCCACCAAACUCCUCACCCUGCUCAUUUUCUUCACUCAGGUAGAUGAGAAUGACAAGAAUCUAGCAUGGAAAGCAAUUGACUACUGUGGACCUGAUCCAAACUUCAAAACUCAAAGCGUGCAGACCAAAACACCACCUGAACACCCUAGAAACAAUCAUCAAAGAACAAGAGAGCAUGAACAGGAAGGCGAUGAACCUAAAGAAGAAAUCUUUGGACCUCUUUACAAAGGCCUAAUUCAUCUACAGCACCCACGAGAAAUAGCUGUGCAAACUCUUCGCCGGUCGGGAUUUCCAACAUCAAUUUGUCAUCGCCGGAAAUUUAAAGCACCAAGUAUAUCCCACCCUUCUCUAAUUAUCCGAUGUGAUGCAGUCAUAAUUGGUUCUGGCAGUGGAGGCGGUGUUGUUGCAGGAGUACUGGCCAAGGCUGGCUACAAAGUGCUUGUCUUGGAAAAAGGAAACUACUGUGCUAGAAGCAAUCUCUCACUUCUUGAAGGGCCAACCAUGGAUCAAAUGUAUGAUUGUGGUGGACUAGUAGCAACUGCAGACACAGGUAUCUUAAUACUCUCUGGCUCCACAGUUGGUGGAGGCUCGACCAUAAAUUGGUCAGCUUCCAUCAGGACCCCCCAGCAUGUAAUUAAUGAAUGGUGUGAUCACCAUGAGAUAGAAUUGUUCGACAGUAAAUUGUACAAAGAUGCCAUGGAUGUUGUCUGUGAAAAAAUGGGGGUCCAAUCUGAAAUAUGCGAAGAAGGAUUCAAUAAUGCAGUUUUAAGAAGAGGAUGUCUUGAAUUGGGUUAUCCUGUCAGUAACAUACCUCGAAAUUCACCUCCAGAUCACUAUUGUGGUUGGUGCUGUCUUGGUUGCAAGGAUGGAAGAAAGAAGGGCACCUUGGAGACAUGGCUGGUGGACUUGGUGAAUUCAGGUAAUGGUGUAAUUCUACCAGAAAGUGAAGCCAUAAAAGUGUUGCACAAGAGAAAGAAAGGACGAACUCGGAAUACCGCUACUGGAGUAGCCUUUGAAUUCAAAUACAAAGGUGCAAAAGAAAUCUGUGUGGUGGAGUCAAGGGUGACAAUCGUCGCAUGUGGUGCUCUUGGGACACCAGCAUUGUUAAGAAGAAGUGGCCUAAAGAAUGCCAACAUUGGCAAAAACUUGCAUCUCCAUCCAGUGACAAUGGCUUGGGGCUAUUUUCCGAAUACGCCUUUUUCAGGUGAGUGGCCGGAAGAAGGGAAGAAGAGCUAUGAAGGGGGAAUAAUGACAGCCAUGUCUACUGUUGUCGGGAAUUUUGAUGGGUCUGGAUAUGGUGCAGUGAUCCAGACACCAGCAUUGCACCCGGGUAUGUUCUCCAGUGCGAUGCCAUGGGUUUCUGGCUCUGACAUAAAAAAGCGAAUGUGCAGGUUCUCAAGGACUGCUCAUAUAUUUGCACUGGCAAGGGAUAAAGGAUCAGGAAAGGUAGUCUCACCAAGCUCGAUCGGUUAUCAAAUGGAUGCAGUUGAUGAGGAGAAUCUAAAGAAGGGAAUAGAGAAGAUGCUGAGGAUAUUGGCAGCAGCUGGAGCCGAGGAAAUUGGAACCCAUCAUUGUAAAGGGAAGACAAUAAAUGUAAAAAACGUGAGUUCACAUGAGUUUGAGAGGUUUGUGAAAGAAGAAAGCGCUAGACCACUAAGGGAUUUAUCUACAACGUUAUGUUCAGCACAUCAGAUGGGAAGCUGCCGGAUGGGGGUCAAUCCAAAAAAUUCAGCAGUGAAUCAGAUAGGGGAGACGUGGGAGGUGGAAGGACUGUUUGUGGCAGAUACAAGUGUUUUUCCAACAGCUUUGGGUGUGAAUCCAAUGGUCACUGUUCAGGCUAUUGCUUAUUGCACUGCACAGUCUAUUCUCGAAGCUCUCAAGAGGAAGAAAAGCAGAUAUUAGCUGAAAUUAGCCAUCUCAUAGCUCAAGAUCUUUAACUAGUUGAAUAACGUGCAAUGCACAGGGAUGACAAUCAUUAUAUAGAAAAACAUAUAGUAAAAGUUGUGAAAGAAAUAAGAAAUAAAGAAACAAAUAAACUAUAUACAAGCACAUAUUUUGUUUUUUCCCA